GUUCAUACACAAAAUUAUUCAAAAAUAUUUUUAUAAAAUUAAAUUAAAAAAAUAAAGAUAGAGAAAGAAGGGACAGAUCAUCAUCAUUGGUUGGGACCACGCUUAAUCACGGAGCGCGUGGGGCCCACUGACAACAAAGAAAUGAAAGGAAAAACAUGGCACAGUAUAUAUACGAGAACCCAAAGGCCAAUCAAAAUCGUUGACUCAAGCGACGCUCCACCGCCCGAAAAAGGGCAAUCGCUGCCGCGAGCCACCGAGCUCCGCCGCAGGGAUAGGCCGCCGCCGAUGUCUCCCCAGCCGAAGCACCCGCCGCCUCACGCGGCGGCACCCUUGCGCAAGCAGAGCUCGUGGUCCCCGGACUCCUACCGCGACGAGGCGUGGCUCCGGCAGAAGGCCGAUCGCCGACGGCGGCGGAGCCGGAGCGUCACCGACGGGGAUCUCGACGAGCUCAGGGCCUGCAUAGAGCUCGGCUUCGGUUUCGACUCGCCGGAGAUGGACCAGCGCCUGAACGACGCCUUCCCCGCCUACAGCCUCUACUACGCGGUCAACAAGCAGUACCACGACGCCGUUGCCAAGCCGCCGCCGUCUCCGUCCGCCGCCAGACCUGAGCACGACGCCGUGACUCCGAUUGGGAGCCCCCACGCGUUUUUCGGCCCUGGGGAAAAUCCAGAGAGGGUGAAAACAAGGUUGCGACAUUGGGCGCAAGUAGUUGCUUGUGCCGUGCGCCUAUCUUCGACCUAAUUCAGGUUUCCAUUGUGUUUGAUGGCAAAAAUUCAAAAAAGGACCAGAAAAGGAAAAUUGUGAGAAAAAAAGAAGAAGAAGGAAAAUGAAAAUUCAUAAUUAAAUGAAUUGAUUUUAGUACUCAAUUUAAAUACCAACAAACUUUUGUAUAAUUGCAAUUUGCAUUGGUUAGAUAUUUACGAUCCCCACCGGCCCACAUCAACUAUUUCUAUGAUGGCUCGUCAUGUUUGGUCACCUGCAUUUACACUAAUAAUAACAAUAAUAUUAAUAAUAACCAAAUACUACACAAUAAUUAUCAUCGAAUAUGAAAACGACUUUGAUAUAUAAGGGCAUUUUAUUGCUUUGUUUAACUUUUCUUAUUUUUCUUGGUUUGUUUGUUUCUUUUUUGGCAAUGGCUAAUGAUUGUGAAGCUCAUAUCUAAAAUGUUUGCUUUGGCCAUUUCCAAAUUUCCCCUACNAUAAUU